AUGUCUUCCUCAUCAAGUGAUGAAGUAGAUGAGUAUUUAGAAGAAAUGGUCGACGAAGUUGUUGAUAAUUUCAUCGACUCAGUAGUUGAUGGUCAAGCUAACAACCCGAAGAGACGAGCUUAUAUCGAAAGAAAUCGGGAAUGCGGACACAAUCAACUAUUGACCGACUAUUUCAACGAAAAUCCCACAUACCCAUCGGAAAUGUUUAGGCGGCGUUUUCGAAUGAACAAGUCAUUGUUCCUUCGUAUUGUCAAUCGCCUAAGUACUGAAGUGCCAUACUUUCAGCAAAGAAAAAAUGCUCACGGAAGGUUCGGGCUAUCUGCACUUCAAAAGUGUACGGCAGCUAUACGUAUGCUGGCAUACGGUCAAUCGGGAGAUACAUAUGGCGAAUAUCUCCGACUUGGUGAAAGUACGGCACGUUUAUGUUUGGAAAAUUUCACUACUGGGAUAAUACAAUUGUUUGGACAGGAGUAUUUACGAAGACCUAAUGAGGAUGAUCUUCAACGAUUACUCGAUAUUGGAGAGGUACGGGGGUUCCCAGGGAUGAUUGGCAGCAUCGACUGUAUGCACUGGGAGUGGAAAAACUGCCCAACGGCUUGGAAAGGUCCUAAAGCAGAGCUAUUUGCCGAACGUCAAGAAUCCACCAGAAAAGAUGUCGAACGGGCUUUUGGAGUAUUGCAAUCAAGGUUCGCAAUAGUUAAAAAUCCAGCUCUACUAUGGGACAAGGAAAAGAUAGGAUGGAUUAUGAGAAGUUGUGUCAUAUUGCACAAUAUGAUAGUAGAGAACGAACGAGACGGAUAUACCCAAAUUGAUACAUCUGAGUUCGAGUCAGGAGAGUCAAGCAGAAGUUCCAAGGUGAAAACGAGAACAAGUUUUAAUAUAGGUAAUAUGUUAGGCGUUCACAAUGAAGUUCGGGAUUCAGAGAAACAUCAUCUUUUGAAAGCUGAUUUAGUUGAAAAUGUAUGGAAAAAGUAUGGUAAUGUAGAUGAAUAA